AUGGGCAGAUAUUUGCUGCUACCUUGUCUGCUCCUGUCCCUUCCUCUGACCACGAGCUAGAUCAUUUCCAACUGCUUAGUGACCGAAGGCUCCAGGCUGCAUCUGGUCUCCCGUUUCUUCCUCUGCCGCUUGGACUCCAACCUUGCCCUCCUUGCAACAUGCUCCAGGGUGGCCAACCUGACAACGGCCUUGGAGGCUGUGCCACAGAGUGUGGAGGGGCUCUGUCUCAGCGGUUCCACUUCGGUUCUGCCCACGGAUGCCUUCUCCAACUUCCCUGGCCUCAAGGUCCUGUGGCUGAACCUGUGUCUCACCCAGCUUCUGCCAGGAGCCUUCCAGGACUUGGGACAGCUGCAGAAGCUGUCUUUCAUGCAACACCCUGUCAGUGUCCUCUUGCUACCCGCUGCUGCCUUUGGCAGCCUGAGCUCCCUCCAGGAUCUAUCUUUCUGGGGUUUUUGCCUGGAUGGGAACUCGGGUGUCCGGUUGCCUCCCAGUCUAUGGAGGCUGACCAUCAAUUUUAGUUGCCUUCAGCCCUGGCCGAAUGUGGGGAAGCUGGCUGACAUCUUCCCAGACCUGGUGCUUGGUCCCUUCUCUGGUGAUGCUUGGAUUCUGGACAUGCUGAACCUGUCGUUCAACAAGCAGCUGAAGAUGGCCAGUUCUGGGGCCCUCCAGGGCCUCAUGCUGGGGACUCUGAAUCUGGAGCACACGAAGAUGAAGGCAGCUGCCAUAAUGGGACUGGGGCUGCAGAGGCUGGAUGCCCUGUCUAUGAUGCAUACUGACAAGGCCGAGCUGCCUUCUGGGACAGUUGCGCACUUUGAGCUGCAAGAACUGAAUUUGGGAUGGACGCGGAUAGGGCACAUAGCUCUGGAGGCCCUGGCUUCCUGACAAAGCCGGAAGAGCUUGGGUCUUAAGCAAAGUGGCCUGACCAACCUGCCACCAGGCUUUCUGGCUGCCCUGCCCAGACUUCAGAGACUGAACCUGGCUAACAACCAACUGCAGAAUGCCGCACUGUGCACAAAUGUGACAGGGGCUGUGUCAGGACUGCAGGUCCUACAUCUGUCCUACAAUGCGCUGCACAGCCUGCCACCAGCCACCUUCUCCUGUUUGCCUCACCUGCGGGAGCUGCUACUUCAGGGAAACCAGCUGGUUUGGCUGGAGGGCCAGGUAUUCCAGGGCUUAAGGAGGCUGGAGAUGUUGGACUUGGGUAAAAAUCCACUGGUGGCCCUGGGCGAGGGCUGGUUGGCUCCUUUGCCUGCACUGACCACCCUGAACCUGCUGAAUACCCAAAUUGUGCUGAGCUCUGCCUGGGACUUCUGGGGCCCAGAGAGUUUGCGCAACCUGAGACUACAGUUCCCCUCUGGCUCUUCCCGGGCAGCACUUCUGCCCACGAGGCUGACCAGCUUGGAGCUUCAUGCAGUGCCAGGCAGGAGGCUUUGGAAGCUGGCUUCUCCUGUCUUUCCAGUCCUGCAGACCCUGACUCUAAAUGGCUGAAUGCAGCCGGAGACCCAGAAUGUCUCCAAGAUCUUCCCUGCCCUUCUCCAACUCAUCUUGCUUGGCAAUAGCUCGGAGGCCCUCUGCUCCCAGGACACCUCCAGCUUCUUCCUCUGGCUCCCCAGGUUCCAGUAUCUGAGGGUAGAGGGGAAUGGGCACAGCUCCAGGCCCUGCUGCAUCACUGGACUGCCCAGCCUGCUGGAGCUGAAGCUGCAGAGACUGCAGUCCCGAGCGCAGCCCCGCCCAGUGCAGCUCGAGGAGCUGGUGGGUGAGCUGCCCAGGCUCCAGGUGCUGCAGCUGGUCAAAACCGGGUUGGAGGCACUGUCUGCUGUUGCUUUCCAGGGCCUGGGAAGUCUCCAGGUCUUAGUGCUAGACUGGGAGACAGGCCUCGUGCUGGAUGGCAGCCUCCAGGAGCACAGUCCCCAGAUGUCACAGUACAUGUAUGUUCUGAGUUCGUCCUUGGCCUGCCAGUGUGCCAAUGCCUGGGUGGAGCCUUGGCUUGAGCGGUCCCCCAGAACAUACGUGCAUAUCGUACCACGCCAGCUGUGCCAGCCAGAAGCUGGGGGCCACUCCAAGAAUCCCCACUUCCCCUUUCUCUGGAGCCACUGCCCCAACACUUUGGGUUUGGAAUUCUGUUUGGGCAGUUCCGCCCUGCUGUUUCUGCUGAUCUCUUUGCCCCUCCUCAAAGAGGCCAGGAACUCCUGGACCCUCUGUCUCCAGGCCUUGUUCAGGGCUUGGCUCCAGGAUCUGAGGGGUCGGGAGGGUGAGGGCAAGAGGUUCCUCUAUGCCGUCUUUGUGUCCCACUGUAGGCAAGACCAGGCCUGGGUGGUGCAGGAGCUGCUGCCUACCUUGGAAGGGCGGGGGCUGCGCCUCUGCCUCCCUGAGCGGGAUUUUGAGCCAGGCAAGGAUGUGGCUGAGAAUGUGGCAGAGAACAUGGCAAGCGGCCGGGUCACGCUCUGCGUGCUGAGUUGCCGGGCUCUGCGUACCCCACACUGCGGCCUGGAGCUCCACCUGGCCACCUCCUUUCUGCUGACUGUCCCCUGCCCUCCAGUGCUGCUGCUGGUCUUCCUGGAGCCUGUCUCUCGUCACCGGCUCCCUCGCUACCAUAGACUGGCCUGGCUGCUCCGUAGAGGAGACGAUUGUGUGUGGCCCAAGGAAGAUGAAAGAAAGGACCACUUCUGGGUGUGGCUGCGGAGCAGGCUGGGGCAGGCUGGGUUGGGCUAG